GUCUUUCGAGGUUCGACGAACUUCAAACUUUUAUUGGAAAAGGUCAAAGUUCGUCGAACUUUUGUCUUUUCAGGAAUCAAAGUUCGACCAUUUUCGAAUUCCGGUCGAAGGUUAGAAAAUUGUAGGAUUUCUUAGCGUAAAAAGGUCGAAAGUUAGAAAAUUGUUGGAUUUCUUAGCGUAGGAAGGUCAAAAGUUUGAAAAGCUUCGAGCUCUUAGUGCAAGAAGUUCAAAAGUUCGUAGAUCAUCGAUUUUUGAAAGUGCUUCCUCCGACGGGCGUCGGAGGAGUGGGCCCUGUGUGCAAAUCGUUCCUCCGACGCCGGAAGUGACGUAGUCGCGUCGGAGGAAAGACGGCUGUGUGGAAAUCGUUCCUUCGACGCCGGAAGUAACGUAUCAUCCCCGGCCCCGGAUGUUGCCUUUGUUAUGACAUGUGGCCGACCAUGUGCGUCUGCCGCUGUAGUCUUCUGUGGUCGGGUCCUGGCCGCGCUGCUGUCGGCUCCGGUCACGCAAGCUAUUUUGACUGAUUUUUCGCACUCUUUGAAGCGUUUUGUUUAGCAUUGUCUUGUUCUUUUUAGCAAUACAUUUUUCCGUAUCUAGUGCUACUCUUUGUAUUUUGGCUUUGAUCGCACCCCCAACGUGCCUCGAGUUUUGGUAGCCGGCGAUUCGAUGGUGAAGUACUUGCCAUUGAAUAGUCGGUUGGCUGUUGAGGUUGCGCCGUUUAGUGGUAUUAGAAUCGAGCACUUGUUUUCCCAGGUGUCUGAGAAGCUACCCGAUUUUGAUGUCAUCCUACACGUUGGCACUAAUAAUUCCCAUAUUAGUGCCAGCGUGUACAUCGACAAAUAUCGUCGUCUAGCUGCCCAGAUCUGUGAACGCAAUCCAAUGAUGCAGAUCGCCUUUUCUGUCGUUCUUCCGAGACGGGAGAAUAGGUUCUGCUCAUUGGAAUGGCAGCGUAGUCACGCUGCAGAGAUCGAGGCUUCGAAUGACCGUUACCGAGAGGUGAACUCGCUGCUGCGAGAGUUGUGUCGCAGGGAAGGGUUCACGUUCCUUGACGGGCUAGCUGACGAGUGGCACCAGUGGAUCCACCGCGACGGCGUCCACCCAAACCGGAUCGGCAACAAGGUCCUCGCUGGGUUCAUGGGCCAGCAAGUAUGGAGCAUCCUGGAGAAGAUGGCCAGGGCCAAGAUCCAGCAGGACCACAAGGAGGCAAUGCCAGGGACCCUCUCGUGGGACGGCUGGACCAUCAAGGGUGCCCUAUUGACCGCGCCAUGUUGUCUCUUCAGAAUUCUCCGACUUUUCCAGCAAAGUUUUGUUAAUCUGACGACAUAGUCUUUCUAAGAGGCUGGGGAAAUUAUAGCAAAAAGUUUGUGGGCCUCACAUCUGGUAACAAGAAGGCUCCAAAAACAAGGCCCCUUGAAAACUGAGCAAGUUGCUACUUGUGUAAAUUGGCUCUGAAGAAACCAACAACUAGGCGCUGCACAGUCCGAUGAUUCUUUCCGAGUCUGAAGUGCUUCGAGGGAAUCGGAAUUUUGUGUUAUAAUGUGAAUAAACUGUUCUGCAUUGCAAA